AUGGAAAAGUGGGAGGUCCCGCAGUUCAAGUUUAAGCAUUUUCCGAGGAAUAGCAUUCGCAAUGAAUGGCUCAAAUACAAGCGCAAUUUUGAGUUCAUUGUUGCGGCUAGCGGAGAAACUGAUAAAACCAGAAUUAAAAAUAUAUUCUUGGCAAAGGCUGGUCCAGAUCUACAGGAAAUUUUUCUGUCGAUACCUGGUGCUGAUGUCCAAGAGGACGAAGAGGAAACAAUUGAUCCUUUCAAAGUGGCAAUUUCCAAACUCGAUACAUACUUCGCUCUAAAACAGCACGAUGCUUUCGAAAGAAACUUAUUUUGGAUUCUGAUACCCAAUGCGGACGAAAGUUUGGAAAAGUUUAUGCUUCGAUGUCAAGAUCAAGCAGGAAAGUGCAAUUUUGGCAAAACAGCGGAGGAAAGCAAAUCGAUCAGCGUGAUCGAUAAGGUCAUAUUGUUUGCGCCAAAUGAUCUUAAAGAGCAAUUACUUCAAAAGGACACCCUCGACAUUGAUUUUGUGACCAGAAUGGUCAACUCGUACGAGUCUGUCAAGCAUCAGGCUCAGUGCAUGAACCUUUCCGGUACGAACGCAAGUGUAAAUGAGAAUUUUUACCCGGGAUCAGUGAGCGGAAUCAAUAAACUCCUUUGUUCAGAAGAGUCUGAAUGUUCCCGAUGCGGAAAUAAAGACCAUACUGGAAAUUCCAAGGAUUGUCCUGCUGUAAAUAAAGAUUGUCGUAAGUGUGGCCGAUUUGGACAUUUCGCCAUCAAGUGUCGCACUGCUUCUUACAAAAGGAAACCGGACACUCGACCUAAACGGACUUUUCUAUCAGGAAAGCGACCGAAAAUUGAACGUGUACGUUGGAUUGAGCAUAAGAAAGAUGGGGAAGAUGAUCGAAAUUUCAUAUUUAGCAUCAGCGACGGGGAUGACUUCAUGUGGCUCAUCCUGAUUGAUUCAGGAUGUAAAAAGAAUAUUGUAGAUGAAAGAUCCUGGAAGUAUCUCAAAGCCAACGGAAUUAGCGUUGAGAAUCAGUCAACUGAAUGCUCCGAAAUAUUUCUACCAUAUGGCAGUGCUGCGAAGCCAUUGACGGUUCUGGGAAAAUUUGACGCGACUGUGUCGGUCUAA